AUGGCACGAACGGCCCCCGCCACACCCUACACUUUCCAGACCCUCCGCCCGCUCGCCCACCUUCCCUACAGCGCGACCAGUCACGCCUUCCUCGCCCGCCUCGCCGCGGACCCGGGCAUCCGGCACGUGAUGCAAAAGUACAGGUGGACGGUGCCGCUCCUGCUGGAGAUGGAGCCGCUGGGCAACACGACGCACGAUGGCAAGACCCUCGGCCUGAACCGCAAUCGUGGCGCCGUGAUCGAGUUGAGGCUGAGGACGGACUGGUACGAUGGGUGGAGGGAUUACAAGACGGUGCGGAGGACGCUGUGUCAUGAGCUCGCGCAUAUUGUGUGGGAUAGCCAUGGCAGGGAGUUUUGGGAUCUUACUAGUAUGUUGCUCCCUUCUUCCUUACUUGUUAUUUUUUUUUUUUGCUUGUCAGGAGUGUGGGGGUGCUGAUAUCGGGUUGAUUGCUUGGUAGAUAAGCUUGAGAGGGAGGUUGAAGCGAAUGAUUGGAAGAGUGGUGGGCGCGCGCUCACGGAUCAAGUGUUUUAUAAUCCGCCCGAGGCGGAGGUGUUAGAGGGGAAGAAGGGGUGGGAAGGGGGGGAGUUCAGACUUGGUGGUGGUGGUGGGCCGGCGGCCGCGGUAAAGACCAGUGGUGCUUCAACGGCGGAGGGGAGUCAGCCUAGUAUGCGGGAAGUAUUGGCAAAGGCGGCCGAGGAGAGGAUGAAGAGGCAGGCCGCAGCGGCAGCGGCAGCGGCGGGGGGGCAGAAGGCUUGA